AUGAAUGUCAAAGGCAGCUCCGGUACCGCGCGGAUUCUCGGCUCGGCAUGCCAGCUUACAACCUUGCGGAAUGCUUACGCCACGGCACCACUCGGGACGAAGCUGCUCUCGCUCUUCCCUGAUCGUGGUUAUGCUGCAGGAUACAAGGUCACCCAGCGGAUGUGCGAGUACGGUGGACAGCCAUGGUUCAGGGACAUCCUUGCGCGGAACUACUGA